AUGAGGUUAAAUAUAGUGUAUUGUACGGAGCAUGCAUGCUUGAAACUCCACGUGACUCUUGGCAAUCGAGUCGAUGGCUGCCAGGAGUUGAUCAUACCGCCGGACCGAUUUUAUAACCCGACAGAGAACUGUUCCGUCUGCGGUUGUCACCUGAAUUUCCACCGGAAGAUUGUCCGGCGCGUGGUGCGCACGGUGUGCCACAAGAACCACAACCCAGCGGGCCCCGAGUCCAAGGACGGCUGCCAGAAGUUCACUUGUUCCCUUGAAAAAGACGUCUGCGCUGCUUGCGGCUGUCACGUUAGCUUUCACCAGAAAGAGGUGCUCGACUAUGAAUAG